AGUUAUUAACAAUCGAAUGCCUCUGGACAAUAUAUAGUUCUGUUUUCUUUUCUGUGGAAUAAUUUACAAAGUAAUAAUUUGGUUGUCAAACUCAAAUAUUCUUCGAUGAACCCUGUAUGAUCCUAAUGUAAUGUUUUGAUAUUAGCGUGCUAACCAGCUUUCAUGGUACUUGUAGUCACGGCACAGUAUUGCGAUCAAAUAGAAGGGUGAUUAGUUUCCCGGCGAUAUGUGUCUAGAAGUGUAAUGUAGCUAACUGUAACCCUUUUCAACACAAUAAAUCGGUUAAAGUAGCCACUGUUGGCCAUUGGACAUAGUCGAUGUAGCUAGCUAGAUUUUUAGCUGGAUAGUUGUAAUCAACGUUGCUAGUCAUCACAAGCUAGUAUGUUUGCGAUAAAGCGCUCGCUAGUUUGUUAGUUAGCAUUAGCUAGCUAUUUCACCAGCAGGAUAGUUUGAUUGCGUUACCUAGCCAUUGUAGCACUUCUAUCGAAUAGUUAGACUAGCGUAGUCUAACGAAGUAGCAUAGCUCAUUGCGGCGUGCUUUUUCAUCGCAUUAAACCCAACCGCGGCUACGAGAGUUCGUUAGCUGAAUAGCCAGUCCGCUAGCCACCUAUUGCUGGGUUGAUUCUUGCCAGAUGCAGUUGGAGCUUCAACCAUUACUUUGCUAACGUUAGACAAACUUCAUCUUGCAUCGAUUUAGCUAUCGUUGACUAGUUUGGUAGUGCUAGCUAACCAUCCCGAAUGCUACGUGUGAUCAUAAGCUGGAAAAUACGUUGUAGGGCUGGUGAACGCUUGCUUAAAUUUCAAAGGGGAGAAAUGGGCACUACAGACUGCUACAUCGUGCACGAGAUCUACAACGGGGAGAACGCCCAGGACCAGUUUGAGUACGAGCUGGAGCAGGCCCUGGAGGCCCAGUACAAGUACAUUGUGAUCGAGCCCACGCGCAUCGGCGACGAGACGGCGCGCUGGGUGGCGGUGGGCAACUGCCUGCACAAGACGGCGGUGCUGGCCGGGGUGGCGUGCCUCUUCACGCCCGUCUCCCUGCCGCCGGAGUACUCGCGCUACGUGGCGCUGCCUGCCGGGGCCCUCAGCGUGGCCUGCGCCGCCCUCUACGGCAUCUCCUGGCAGUUCGACCCCUGCUGCAAGUACCAGGUGGAGUACGACAGCCACAAACUGUCCCGCCUCCCCCUGCACACGCUCACCUCCUCCACGCCCGUGGUGCUGGUGCGCAAGGACGACGUCCACAGAAAGAGACUCCACAACACGAUAGCGCUGGCCGCCCUGGCUUACUGCGUCAAGAAGAUCUACGAACUUUACAUCGUUUGAGCUCUUUUUUUUUUUU